AUGGAUCCCAAUGGUCAUUGGAUUUUAUUGUGCCUCGCCCUCGUGAUAGCACCGCAGAGUUCCAGUGGAGGUACGGGACCAUGCCCGGCACCAGAAAAUAUACUCCCGUGUAUAUGUACAAGUAGAAACGAAGAGUUACAAAUAUGGUGCACACACAGCGACUUGGUUCAAGUACAAAAAGGGAUACAAAAAGUCGGACAGUACAUAAGACAACCCAUAGACGAAUUAAUCAUAGAGAAUAACUAUUUGCCUUCAUUACCAGGGAAAUUAUUCCAAAAUGUAAAUAUUGCACGUCUGAUGCUCAGGCACAAUGGCUUAGAAAGCGUUUCAGCAGCAUGGCUUGAAACGCAAGAAGACAAUUUGCUCGAAAUAUUCAUUGUGGAAAACGAACUUAAAAGCUUGCCAGCGGAAAGUUUAAUGAAGCUCCAAAAUUUACAAGCUCUAACAAUACAAUCGCAUAGCUUGAAACGAAUACCUGCGCUGAUAAAUUUGAAGAAACUGCGCUACGUGAACCUUCAAUCGGACAGCUUAACCAGCCUAAAUGAGCACACUUUCGAAAAUCUUCCAAACUUAGAUAAACUUUUUAUUCAAGGCAGCUCUAAACUCCAUAGUCUAAAGGAGAAUGCUUUUUACGAUUUGCCUAAACUCGCAAAGCUGGAAAUAAAAAACUGUGGUAUAACCAAUAUACACAUGAGAGCUUUAUCGCUGCUGCCUAUACUAAACGAGUUAAGUUUUAGUAACAAUUUCAUAUCAGAUGCUACAAUGGUCGGCAGAGCUACGAGAGACUUGCCUAUGCUUUCAACAUUGAAUCUGAAUCACAAUUACAUAUCCAAAUUAAAUGAAGGCGCUUUCGUAGACCAACCUAUGUUAGAGAUUUUACUACUAUCACAUAAUAAGAUUAACAUUAUUCAUCAUGGAGCUUUUCAUCGAGUCCCUAAGUUAAGAGUCGUAGAUCUCAAUUACAAUGAAAUAAUAAGGAUACACCCUGAAUCAUUCUUACAGCCGUCAGGAAGCGGCGUUGAAGAGUUAACAUUAAUUGGAAACAAAAUAAUGCAUAUUUCCGAAUUUCGUUCAUUACUUGAUGCAUUGCCCCGAUUGAAGUUUUUAGAUAUGAGUGAGAAUUACCUACAAGAAAUUCCCAGGGGGGCUCUAAGAGGCCACCCUAGUUUAGAACGUCUUCAUUUAAACAAAAAUAACAUAAAAUUCAUAGAAAAUGACGCUAUUACAGCUAUGCCAGCGUUGAGAGAACUUCACUUGAAUAAUAAUUCGCUGAGUGAUAUGAGUGAAGGACCAUUUUGGAACCUCCCUGCGCUAAAGGGUUUAGAUCUGUCACAAAAUUACUUUACGCGACUACAACCAAAGCUUCUUUUUAACAUACCAGCCUUAAGACGAAUAAACCUAAGUGGUAACCAGAUAUCGAUUAUCGACCCACUGACAUUUAUGGACUGUCCAUUAUUGGAACAUAUUAAUAUAUCGAAAAAUGGGCUUAUGUCUGUGCAUCCUGCAACGUUCAGAAAUCUAGAAAACUUAUACGAAAUUGACGCCAGUUCCAAUCGACUUCUGGAAUUUUUACCAGGACUGCCACGUGGCUUAGAACAAUUGCACCUGCAGAGAAAUCAAAUAACAACUUUACCGGCACCGCCUUCUCCGGAUUUAGAUCUACCGUCUUUAAGAACUCUCGAUAUUUCUAAUAAUGGCAUACAAAAAAUCCCUGUAAAUGGCCUGAGUACCAUGCAUAAUUUACGAAGACUUUACAUGAAACGCAACGGUUUAAAACAAAUAGAAACUAUGACGUUUAGCGAUUUACAACGGUUGGAAAUAUUGGACAUAAGCGAGAAUCAGAUAAUUUCUAUACAUCCGAGAAGCUUCGACAAACUCUCUCAUCUUAAGAAAGUAAAUUUACAUGGAAAUAACAUGGAAAAUUUUGAUUUCCUUGCGAUUGCAGAUAACGUCGCGCUUUCAUCAGUAGACUUUAGUAAAAAUAGAUUGAAAAGUAUAGCUCCAAGUACGAUAAAGCACCGUAUGGACGUUGAAGUAUUAAAUAUAUCUUCAAACAACUUGUACGAAUUACCAAAUACAUUGAAUAUGUUAUCUAAUUUAAGGGUUUUGGACGUCAGUUUCAAUAAUUUAAAACAUUUCGAUGGAAAUGUAAUCAACAAUAUACACACUCUAAAAGAGAUCAAAAUGCCAGGCAACAAAAUCUUAGAACUACGAACAGCGAGUUUUGAAAAUCUCAGCUCGUUAGAAACCAUUGAUUUACAUAAUAAUCAAAUUGAAAUAAUCCACCCGCGCGCCAUUGUUAAUUUGCCGAAUUUAACAUCGAUUUUCUUGAGCAGAAAUCACAUUAUCGAUUUACCAGAUAGGGCAUUUGCAAAUCUUUUAAAACUACGAAUACUAGAAUUACAAGGCAAUCGUUUACAAUUUGUAUCAAUGCGGGCCUUUGAGAACAUGCCAUUAGUACAAUAUUUGAAUGUGAGUAAUAAUCAUUUGACAAAUUUAGAAAAUUCUGGAAUUAGGACCCUAACAUCGCUGGAAGUUUUAGAUUUGGGCUUCAACAAAUUAACCAUGAUAACUAAAGAAUCUUUUCAACACAUGGAAUGGCUUGUUGAACUUAAUCUGGAUAGUAAUCACAUAUGCUCCAUAAAUGGCCAUCCCUUUGAUUUUAUGCCGAGAUUGAAAAUUUUGUCUCUUCGAAACAACAAAUUAACGUCAAUAGCUGAAAACAAUUUCUUGAAAUUAAGACAUAAUAUCGCUAUUUUUGACAUAAAUGGGAACCCAAUAAUAUGCAAUUGUGCAAUGAUUUGGCUCAAAUCCUGGUUAUCUGAGUCAACUUCGAGAGGACCUAAAUGCGCCGAUGGCACACAUGUCAAAGAUAUGCCGUUCGGCAGGAAUGACUGUAGAGGUAUGCCAAUAAAUGAGAAUGAUCAACGUUGUUUCAACCCGGAAAACGAGGCCCUACUACCGAAUAUUGGAGCAUCACAAGUGUUUUCUUCUUUAGACAAAAUUAAAGAUUACGCUUCAAAUAUAAGAAAUAAUUACCAUGUUAAUAAAAUAAACAGACCGUCCCCUGAAGAAUCGGAUUACUUUUACGAUGAUUAUGUAGACUAUCCAUACAACGAAACAUUACUAGAAAUAAAUAAUGAUUUAGGGCAACGUAAUACCACAAAUAAAAUUAUUGGCAAUACCCCAACACUGUAUGCAGCAAUGAAAAAUACAACAGAGAAGAAACCAAGUACCUACAAAACUUCAACCACAGCGACUCCACCAAAAAGUGGUUUUACAUUUUUUGGCCUACCGUUACCUUCAAUUGACAUGGGAAAGCUGUUAAAUACAGGUCGCAAAAUAGACUGGUCCGAAAAUAGAGAUCAACAAAAUAUCAAAAAAUAUUCAACAACAGACAUACCAAAGUUUGAAACUGGUGGUUUCACUCCUAUGCUACCACCAACAUCUGGUGGUUUUUCACCAAUCCCGUAUCCACUGCCGAGUCCCAAGACAAACAUCACGCACACUGUUAUAAGUGAUGGAGGCAAAAUUAGGCACGGCAACAUGGGUAAAAUUGACCAACAUUUUAUGAUGCACCUUAAAGAACCAACAAUGGGUACAAUUAAAAAUUCUACAACACACAAGAAGACUAAAAGCGAAAUUCAUGAAUUACAAGCUUAUUUAGACAAUGAUAACAGCACCCAUAUAGCUUAUAAUAGGACUAAAAAUGUAGAGGAGCAAAAGAGUGAUCCAGCCAACAUGAGCAAAUACAACAUGAUGGAAUCAAACUUUUCAAUCACACAUAUUACUGAAAAAGAGGGGAUAAUAACUACUGACACUAAUAUGUUACAAACAUGGUUUGAAACAACUAGUAUAAAACCAUCAACACACAGACCAAUUACUAUAAGACCUGCUAAAGCUCAUGUAAUAGAGAGUCAGCCAACGGCACUAUCAGCUGUUACAAUACAGAAAGAUGACCUCAAAUGGAAUAGCAGCAGAGCAGCAACAAUAACUAAAGUCAGCAUGCCCCAUGCGGAACAUUAUGAUUCACACAACGAUUACUCUCCAGUAAUAAACAGAGAAGCUAAAACAAGAUUUUCAGACCUGCCUAUGAUUGAUAAUAAAAGCUCAACGAGUGAUAAGGAAUGGUACUACCAGAACUAUAAUAAAUCGAAUCUAGAUCCUUAUAUUGCACCUGGAAUACAUACAUCAAUUUCAAAUAGAAAUCUAUCUUGGUUAAAUUUAUUGGUUUUAAGCUUUAUAUUGUGUAUUGAUAUUUUAUGA